CCAACCACUGCUUUGUCAAAGAUAACUGAGUUUUGAAUGACGAUCACAACACUUUGUGUUAAAACUGCUUAAAGUCAUAUAAAUUUUUGUUACAGAAUUUGGCUACCUGCAUAAUAAACCAAUAAAUAAUCAGAAUGACACAACAGGAAUAUGUAAGAUGAUUCACAAGGGAAGUUUCUUGUCCUAAUAAUAGUAUCUGAAACUUUUCAUCUCUUGGGAAAAUGGACUCCAUUAGACAUUCCCAUACUAAUGGCAUGGUGGACAUAAAGAAUAUGUCAGCAUUUAUGUUUCUCAGACUGUGCCUCGAUGUUGGGACGUCAUUAGAAAUUGGAGCCAGGAGAGACGUGAUGGAUCUAGUAAAUAUACUGUCAAAUCAAAUGAGAAAAAAUUCUGACAUCACAAUGAGAAGUGGAAGUCAAAGAGAAGGAUUUAGACUAAUGUAGAUUCAGAUUUAGACGAAAUGUGCUGGCCAAAUAGAUACCGUGUGAUCUGGGACGAACAUGAGUCUCAAUAUUAUAACAAUAGCAGCAAGGAACUGAUACUCUGUGAUUGUUCCGAGAGCCCUCCAGGAUUCACUUUGUUAUAUUUACUCUCACCAACAUUACAUAAUGAAAUCCAGGGUGCAUGUUUUAGAAUGAAAAAUAGAUAUUAUAUAUCUAGUUCUAAACACAGACAAAUCAAGUGCUCAUCGGAGUCUCAGAGCUCUUAUCUUCACGGUCCUUGUGUGAGUAGAUAUCAUGGAAUACUAGGAUAUGAUCUUGCCCACUGCUUUGCAUCAGACAUUUGGCCUCCAUCUGCCUCCUCAUGGAUAGACAGAAGUCAUUCAUGGCCCCCGCCUCAUAUUGUCGAUGACAUAGUGAAAAGUGGAUGUCAUUUUGUGGCAAUUGGACAUAAACUAGGAAGACAUGAAAACAAUGAAUGGAGAAUUUCCUUCUCUUUGGCAGAACAAAAACUUGUUUAUGCAAUGAACCAUCCCCAGUUCUUAACAUAUGGAUUACUCAAAUUAUUUCUAAAUAGGGUAAUUAACAAAGGAUUAGACGAUGGUGAUAAAUUACUGUGUUCCUAUCACAUGAAGACAGCAGUUUUCUGGGCAAUUCAACAAAAUAUGAUGCCCCAAUGGUGUCCGCAUACUCUCCUAUACUGUUCUUGGGUUUGUUUUAAACUCAUCCUCAAAUGGGUGUAUGAAGGGGUCUGUCCAAACUUUUUCAUUCCCAGUAACAACAUGUUUCUCAGUAAUAUUCAUGGUGAAGCCCAAAAUAGUUUAUUUAUUAAACUGCAUACGCUGUAUAAGAUGGGUAUCCAAUCCAUGAUGGAGACUCUUACGAUUUUGUCCUGCAAUGGAUGCAUAGAUUUCAUGCGUGAUCCAGACAUUUACUUUUGUGCAGAGGAGGAUGCCCAGUUUUCUGAGGUUGACUUUGAUCUCACGUUAUUUAGAGAAGUAGAUACGUCCAGAGGCUCACUAUCAGCCUCAAACGUACAUGGAUGUAUACAGAAUUUGCGUAUAAUAGAACAGACGAUGUCUUUACCCCUAACACAGAAUCAAAUCAUUAUGCGUCAGAGUCUUACAAACUCUAUCCUACAGAAUCUGGCUUUUAUAAUACAUAUCAAUACUUACCCACAAGAAAACAAAUCAACAUACAGGGCUGACAAAAUUUCCUGUCAUAUCCUGAAAUAUGCAGCGAAGUUUGGUUGUAUUUCUGAUAUGUUGUACGUAGCCUUGUAUUAUUACAAAACACUUAGAUAUAUGGAAGCUUUAUCUAUAAUAGACGUGAUAAAAGUCACGCUAGCACAGCCAUAUGUGAUGCACAAUUCUCUUUAUGUAGAUGAGGAGAUGUAUAUGACCGCUUUAGGGGGUCAGUCCUGGUCAACAAAAAUGAAAAAAGCUGUAGCAUGGGAUAUAAAACUUAACAAUAACAUUCUUUACAUCAGUGAAUUGAUACCAGAACAACAGUCUAGUCUACAAAACCAUGUGCCUUGCUUAUAUAUUCCACCCUUUGUAAUGUUAUACAUGCUAGAAUUUUUUUGCUGCACACAUGUAGACUUAAUCAGAGCACAACAUGCUUUAGAUGAUUUGCAAGCUUUAAUUCACUAUGAUCGGGUAGAGUUUAUUCGUCCAAUCGUGAAAAACUUAGCAUGGCAGAUAUUAGGGAUUUGUCAACAGAUGACAGGAAACCAUCAGAGUGCUUUAUACUCAUACCAACAAUCUCUAAGAGAAGAUCAACUUCAUAGCAUACAGGCUGCUACAGAAAUGAGAAUGCAAACACUUUGGCAAUAGAAUCUUUAAACAACUACACAGCAUAAAGACUAUCACACAAAAGAGAAUGCAUGACAGCUGUCAACGUUAUUACUACACUAGUAAAAU